GUUUUACGCAUGCGUAAAAGAAGCGUCCGUUAUUAGUUUUUGACUUACGGAAGAUCAGAAAUAAAUCCAAUUGAAUCUUCAACAUUAAGAAAUUUUACUACUGUUUAAUCUACGAAUAAACAAAAUGAGAGAAAUCGUCCAUUUACAAGUGGGACAAUGCGGAAAUCAGAUUGGCGCUAAGUUUUGGGAGGUGAUUUCUGACGAGCAUGGAAUCGAUCCCACCGGAACUUACCACGGAGAUUCGGAUCUGCAGUUGGAAAGGAUCAAUGUGUACUACAAUGAAGCGACGGGCGGCAAAUACGUGCCUCGAGCUAUUCUCGUGGAUUUAGAACCGGGAACAAUGGAUUCCGUUCGGUCCGGUGCUUUCGGUCAAUUAUUCAGACCGGAUAAUUUCGUUUUUGGUCAAAGUGGUGCCGGUAACAAUUGGGCGAAAGGUCAUUACACGGAAGGUGCCGAGUUGGUGGAUUCUGUUCUGGACGUGGUGAGAAAAGAAGCCGAAAGCUGCGAUUGCAUCCAAGGUUUUCAGUUGACGCAUUCUCUGGGAGGAGGAACGGGAUCCGGAAUGGGAACGCUUCUCAUUACCAAAAUUCGAGAAGAAUAUCCCGAUCGAAUCAUGAAUACCUUCAGCAUCGUUCCCUCACCAAAAGUAUCGGACACAGUAGUGGAGCCUUACAAUGCCACUCUUUCUGUUCAUCAACUGGUAGAAAACACCGACGAAACCUACAGCAUAGACAACGAAGCCUUGUACGACAUUUGCUUCAGAACCCUGAAAUUAACCACUCCGACCUACGGUGACCUGAAUCAUUUGGUGUCGGCUACCAUGUCCGGUGUUACCACGUGCUUGAGAUUCCCGGGUCAACUGAAUGCAGAUUUACGGAAGUUGGCGGUGAACAUGGUUCCGUUCCCUCGUCUUCAUUUUUUUAUGCCCGGUUUCGCUCCUCUCACUUCUCGCGGAAGUCAACAGUAUCGAGCUCUGACGGUUCCCGAAUUGACGCAACAAAUGUUCGAUGCCAAAAACAUGAUGGCAGCUUGCGAUCCUCGUCACGGUCGCUACUUGACCGUGGCAGCCAUCUUUCGCGGUAGGAUGAGCAUGAAAGAAGUGGACGAGCAAAUGCUAAAUGUCCAGAACAAAAAUAGCAGCUACUUUGUAGAAUGGAUACCGAAUAACGUAAAAACGGCCGUUUGCGACAUUCCUCCUCGCGGAUUAAAGAUGUCGGCAACAUUCAUAGGUAACACUACGGCCAUUCAAGAGCUGUUCAAACGCAUCUCGGAGCAGUUCACCGCCAUGUUUCGUAGAAAAGCCUUUUUACAUUGGUAUACCGGAGAGGGAAUGGACGAGAUGGAGUUUACCGAAGCCGAAUCAAAUAUGAACGAUUUAGUUUCCGAAUACCAGCAGUAUCAAGAAGCUACCGCUGAAGAAGAAGGAGAGUUUGACGAAGAGGAAGCCGAGGAAGCCUAAGAUUUAUUCAUUUCUAUUCAUAAGUUAUUUGUGUUCAUUUUAAAAUAUUCAAUGUGUUUUUUAUUUUGUUUAAUGUUAACAAUGUAUUGCGAACUAACUAUAAUACCUUAAAAUAUAUGUGAAUAUAAUUUAAUAUUUCGCCGUUAAAAUUCAAGUUUAUAAAAACAUUAUAACAAAAGGAACACAGUGUAUUCUCAUUAUCAUCAAAUGUAUUUAUCAACUAUCGGUUAGUAU